GUGGAGCAUGUCCGGUCUGGAAAGCGGUUACUGAGGAGAAGAUGGUGGAAUUUGAAACAGUAAUGUGCUCGAUACUCUGUCCCAAACACUUUGACAAAUAUUUUCUAUCUCAACCUGGCAUUAGAUAUCGGCUACCCGGAGACAAUCACAGAUAAUAUAUUCUGAAACAUUGAAGAAAACGAGAUUCAUCGAGUUGUAAAGCUAACUCAAUGAUAUUGUCUGCCGUGGUGGCUGAAGCGUGGUGCCACUGAAAACGCGACGUGGGUGUAUUGUUAGUUUGGCUAGCCAAGUUUUGGCUAUAUUUGUUUUGGAAAUCUGGUGUCAUCGCACAAACGGAGAACUUGAAUAUCCUCUGGGAUUGUGUUCAAAAGACUGACACCGGUGGUGCCCUGCUGACAAUUGGAAGGGAAGUGGUGAAGAAACCUGACUGGCGACAUGCCAAGGAUUAAAAAAGGGAAACGUGGUUCAAACAAGUGCGGGAGGAAUGGGGUGAAGGGUGAGUCGGGUGCCAGUGAUGAUGAGCUGGCGUCUGACGUGCUCAGUCACUACAGCAGCGCCAGCGAGAGCGCCUCAGUCGUGGACGAGGCCACUGGUGGGUACACACACACACACACACACACACACACACACACACACACACACACACACAGAGAGAGAGGACAGCAUCAUUGCCUUGUGUAUCUGGUCCACCACAGGGGGAGGUGGUGAGCCAGUAGAUGAACAGACUGCCCAGGAGGAGACAGAGGACAAGCUGAAACAAUGUAUAGAUAACCUGAUGGACAAAAGUGCAAAGACGCGCCUGGCAGCCCUAGACUCUCUGGGAGGGGCCUUUUCCUCCAAGCUGGUCUAUGACUUCCUGUUAGAGAGACGCCUCACCGUCAGCGACUGCCUGGAGAGGAGCCUGCGCAAGGGUGGUGGAGAGGAGCAGGCUGCAGCGGCCACUGUGUGUGCCCAGCUGUGUGUGCAGCUCGGCGGGGGGGACGAGGGUGAGGAGGGUUUCAAGAUCCUCCGGCCCGUCCUCAGCGCCAUCAUGAUUGACGGCUGUGCCAGUGUGGCCGCCCGCCAGAGCUGUGCCCGAGCGCUGGGUAUGUGCUGCUACGUUUCUGCUGCGGAAGACGGAGAGGACUUGGUGAAAUCCAUGAGUCACCUGGAGAGUGUGUUCACCAUGUCGUACCCCAACCGCGAGGGCACCCUGCCCACCCCCAAUGCCGGUACCCCUGGGCUCCACGGCGCCGCCCUGCAUGCCUGGGCCCUGCUCGUCACCCUCUGCCCCGCCUCCCGCCUCACUGUGCUGCUGGACCUACAUCUACCCAAGCUACAGGCCUGCCUGGAGAGCAGCGACGUGAACUACAGGAUAGCUGUGGGGGAGACCAUAGCCUUGCUGGUUGAACUGGGAAGAGAUAUAGACAGGGAAUUUGAGUUUGAAGACAGCGACACGCUGUGCGAGUCCCUGAAGGGCCUGGCCACCGACGGCAACAAGCACCGUGCCAAGAACGACAGGAGGAAACAGCGCACCAUAUUCAGAGAGGUGCUACAUUACAUUGAGAACGAGGACUUCUCCGAGGAGAAGAUCCGCUUUGGUGUGGAGGGCAUCUACAUCGACAGCUGGAUGCGCAGGAGGGUCUACGACGCCUUCAAAGAGGUGCUGGAGUCUGGAGUGAGACACCAUCUUCAGUUUAACCCGCUGCUGAGGGACAUAUUUGGCCUGGGACCCCCCCUGAUACUGGACUCGUCUGUCAAAUCCAGCAAGAUCUCCCGUUUCGAGAAGCAUCUGUUCAACUCCGCGGCAUUCAAAGCCAGGACUAAACUAAGGAACAAAGUGAGGGACAAGAGAGCAGAUGUGAUGUGAGGAAUUGAUGAAAGUGCCGUAGCCAUAUAGGACGAGGACUGAGAAGAAUACUGGGGUGUAUUCAUUGAAGCGAAAGGUCUGGAAUGUUGGAGACCAAUGUAAUGAAUAGAGCUGACAUGAUUUCCUAGUCAAAAUGACAGACAAUCCUAUCUGUUCUACACAGUACAUUUCUAUAGUGAACCUUCUGUAACGUUGCAUUGUCAUCCUGCUCCCUACCCUUCGUCUCACAGGACCCAGUGGCUGCUGCCAUACCAGGGACUUUGCAGACGGUGCAAAUGUGUUUUUAUUUUAUUUAACACCUCAAUAAAACUGACCUAUGAGAUGCCUGAAAAUAAAAAAAGGUAGUUUAUUGUACCUUUUUUUUUUUUUUGUAGUAUUUUGGAAGAACGUCUAAAACCAUUUUUGGUCAUGUAUUUUACUUUCUAAUUUAUUGGAAGUGGGAGAACAGUAUGAUUUUUAAAGUAAGUUAUUUUUAGACUUCAAAUAUGGGAAGAGGACUAAGAAUUAUGGUGUAAUUUUUUAUGUAUAUUUUUAUGCAGGUUGGUUGUGCAUAAUAAUGCAUAUGUAUAUACAAAUGCAUAUGUAUGUAUUCAAGGAGUGCAUUGAAGAAUGGAGAUGUAUUUUGACAAGCAAUGCUAUAAUAACCCAAAGGGUUCGGCAAAUUAAUUGAUUAUGGAUAAAUUAAAUGUAAUAAACACUCACACCAAGA